AUGGAGCACAAUAAAAAAGUACUAAUUGCUGAACUGAAGGAAGUCUAUACCAUCUUAACGGAUUCGGGCUUAUUGACCAUUAAGAAAUUGAGAGAUUUGAUGGUCGAGUUGGGUCAUCCAGUCACCGAGAUUGAACUUAAGGAAAUGAUCAAUGCUGUUGAUGAGAAUGGCCAAUUGCAGAACAAUGGGCAAUUCCAAAUCGAUUUCAAUAGUUUCUGUCGUGUGAUGCUAAUGGCCGAACGUGAGGAACAGCUAAAGAAGUUUGUCAAAAUUUUCGAUAAGGAUAAGGAUGGUUGUUUGAAUAAAGAGGAACUGCGUCAGGCUCUGACGAGGACUCUAGGCGAGGAGAUAGAUGUGGCCAUUAUUAAUGAAAUGAUGAAAGAGGCCGAUACCGAUGGAGAUGGACGUUUGAGCUAUGAUGAGUUGCUACGCAUGUUUAGCAAAUAUAGUACAAUCUAA